AUGGAUCCUUCAAUUAACAACAAAAUUGUAGUACCAGGUCAAUAUAUUAUACCGACAUACAAGCUAGAUCCAACUACAAAGAAACCUGUAAAUUUUAUUUGUGGAAAGGGAACAAUAAUAAAUGAAAUUGAAAAUAAUCAAAUAAAUAAAACUUUACCAAUCAUAUGUUCAACUAUUGUAGGUAAAACCUUCAUAUCGAAACUAGAUACACCACCUAUUGAAAAUUCAAAAGAUUCAAAUGAUUCAAAAGAUCCUGUGCCGACAUAUGUAGUCAAUGUAUAUCCAAAACAAAAUUACAACUCAUUACAACAUCAAGAUUCAACUUCCACUACAACAAUCACAGCCGCGAGUAAUAUUAAUUUACCAAAAGAAAAUGAUAUAGUAUUAGUUAAAGUAACAAGAAUAUCUCAAAAACAAUUAUGGUGUGAAAUAUUAGCUAUAGAUAAUAAAUUAAAAUCAAAUAAUAUCUUGAGAGAUUCAGGAUUGGGAUCAAAUGGAUCAAUAGCUCAUUCAUCAAUACCACCUGGAGGUGGAUCACAACAUAAUCAUAAUCAACAAACUAUUGCUUCAUCAUUAACUACAACUCCUCAAGCUCAAAUUUAUGAUUUAGGUGAAAAUUUUAAAGGUAUAAUAAGAUCACAAGAUAUAAGAUCAACAGAAAGAGAUAAAAUUAUUAUUGGAGAAUGUUUUAAACCUGGUGAUAUAUUAAGAGCUUCAAUUUUAAGUUUAGGUGAUGGAAAUAAUUAUUAUUUAACUACUGCAAGAAAUGAUUUAGGUGUUGUAUUUGCAAAAUCUGAAGGUGGAGCUGGAUCAUUAAUGUAUCCUGUUGAUUGGCAAAAUAUGAUUGAUUUAGAAACAGGAUUGAUUGAAAAAAGAAAAAAUGCAAAUCCAUUUGUAUAA